UUGCUGUUGCAGAGAGAUCCAAGGGUGCCGCUAUCUCAGCCCAGAGACUCUCCACAUGGGUGUCAAACUGGAUUAGACAGUGUGAUCAACCUUGUAAUAUGACCUCUCCAGAUACUAUUUGCACACCCUCCACAAGGUCAAUCUCCUCAGCCAUCACCUUCAAGGUGUUCUUAGACAUCUAUAGAGCAGCAACAUGAGCAGUCCACACUUUCACAGAACGUUGCAUGAUCACUAGAGACUCCACCUCCUAUGCCAUCUUCAGCUCCACAGUAGAGUCAUCUGUAACUGACCUGACUUUGAAGUCUCAACACGCCCAUAAAGAUAGUGCUCAGGAGUUACCUGCAGAGGAGCACCCAUAUGGACGCUAAUCAAAGAAGUUACUCAUUUUGUGCAGUAAUUAUAGUUCUUCAAUAUGUGUUCCCCAUGGGUGCUCCGCAGACCACCCUCCUUCCCUGUUCUCCAGAGUUCUUGUCUAGGAUACAGCAGUAGAGAAGGAACUGAGGGGGGGUUAGCCCGCAUUUGUUGUCUAAAUCAACACUACUACUGAAGUUCUCCAAUCAGCAGUGCAGGGAAGCAAGCACCCCUGCAGUGGAGCACCCAUAGUGAAUCACAUCUUGAAGAACCAUCCUUACUGCACAAGGCAACAGAUAGUGAGGAAGAUGACGCUGUCAUAGGUCCAAUGCCUGCAAAAGGACCAAUAGAAUCCAGUGUAACUAGAGACUUUGAACGCAGAGCUCAGCGAAUGAAAGAAAAACUUACUUCAGAUGAUGAUGGGUCCAAGCAAGUUUCAAGGGAGUCUUGGAUGACUGAGCUUCCACCAGAAUUGAAAGGCUUUGGAUUGGGCCCAAGAACUUUCAAGAGAAGAACAGAUGAGAAGUCAGGAGAUAAGUCAAUUUGGACAGAUACUCCAGCUGACAGAGAGAGGAAAGCCCAAGAAAUGCAAGAAGCAAAGAAGUCAGCCAGUAAAGGUGAUGAAGAAAUUGUAUUAUCGGCAAGAGACAAGAGACUGGCUGAGCAGCUGUCUUCAUACAAUGACUCAAAAAGAUCAGAAUCUCUCAUGGAUAUGCAUCAUAAAAAAUUAAAGAGCAAAGCAAUUGAAGAUAAGAAACCUCAAGAGAGAAGGCCAUUUGACCGAGACCAGGACCUCCAAGUCAAUCGAUUUGAUGAAGUUCAAAAGAAAGCCCUGAUAAAGAAAUCCAGAGAGUUAAACACCAGGUUUUCACAUAGCAAAGGCAAUAUGUUUUUAUAAUGCAAAGAUAUGACUUUUCUUUCAGGAGAAAUUUAUUAAACUUCAGCAGCUUCCAAAAAAAGUACGUUUUUCUGUAAAUACUUGUGUGAAAAAUAAAUUUCUUUAUGUUU